AUGUGCGCCAUCUCUCUUUUUGCUAUAAAGUGUUCAUUGUAUGCACCUGUUGCAGAACCUGUUCUGUCGGAACAUCGGUUUAGCUGGCCCAUGGUUCAGGCCCUCGUUGAUGAAGAGCCAGUAAUGCCAUAUCUCCAGAAAGCCAAUUCUUACGAGGCUCCACUGUCACCCAGUGCUUACAGGAGCUACCUGUCUCAUAGAAGCCUCCACCUGGAUCACCUGCCUCCAUCUCCUCCUGUUGAGCAAGAUGAAUUCCUCAAAUCGGAAGCAUGCUUGUAUAUAGCAUCAUCUAUAUAAUGGAAUGCAUCCAAUUGCAGGAACUUUAAGGAUGAGGAAGCCAGCCAAACAACUGUAAAGCAACUGUCCAAGAGAGUUCAUUGGUUGAAGAAGAAAGUGAAGCAGUUUGAAGAAAAUUUUGAAAAAGAACAUGGAUAUAGGCCAUCUCAUGCAGAAAAGAUGAACCAUGCUGAAAUGAAGAGGACCUUGCUUGAGCUGAACAAGCUGCGAAAGGAUUUGAAGAAUGUAAAGGAGGAGAAUAGCCUUCCGGAGCCUGCCUACCUGAGCUUUUCAACAUGGGGCCGGGACUCACUCAGAGGUCUGUGUGAUAUGGACGAUGGCUCAGCCAAGCCGACGCAAGUGAUGGAGAGAGCACUGAAUGAUACCCUGAUGUCCCUGGCUGAAAAGCGCAGGGCUGCUCAGCGUCCGGACAGUGUGGAUGACAUGACACGUGAGCAAGUGCUGGAGGAGAAGCUGGCAUUGCAGAAGGCGCUGCUGCGAUUUGAGAGUGUGCACGGCCGGCCCUCACGAAGGGCUGAUCGCAACCUGAUGCGGCCGUUAUAUGACCGGUACCGAAGUGUCAAGCGCCUGGUGGGCAGGAACCCCCUGGCCAAGGGCAAGGACUCUGAGCUGCAGCCCAUCCUGGAGCACGUUGCCAUGAACUUCACUUCCCCACAUCCCCGGUCCCCGCCCCAGGAGCUCGAAGAAGUUGUAGAUGAUGUGACUCCCAUUUCCGCGAUGGCACAAAGUGAGGCAAUCAGUGAUGUGGAAGAGCCGGCACAAGCAAAAAAGAAGUUUGAGCAGGUGCCCAUGGUGCUGGACAAGUGCAGCGAUUCCAUCUGCAUGAGCUUCCUCUGUGAAAGCGAGGAGCUGGCAAGAGAAAAGGGGAUGUCAAGCUCGGACUUCAAAGCCAGCAAGCACUGGAUAUACCGCUACACUGUGCCGAGCCGGAUUUUCCCUGCGCCGGCGAACCUCGAUUUCUCAGAAGCUCCCUGA